AUGGUCCUGUUGCUAAGGACGGGUCUGACUGGCCAUGCAAAGGGGAGGUCGAUUAUGAUGGCUUUGGCGUUUCCAAUAUUUGGAAGCGAGGAUCAACUGAGUAUUUACACGUGUCAACAAAUUAGGGCCAUGGGAGGCGCGUCACACGGAGGUGGCUCGUGCCAAAUAUCCGUCACAAGAGACCUCAAGCCGACAAGGAAAAGCGAGUGGAGGGUUAUUCACUCUAUCCACGGCGGCUGUCCUAUCCGCAACUUGACGGACGUCAACUACGGAGACUCUCCCACUGUUGUUCUUCCCAGCGUCUACAACUUCACGGUUCCAACCUGGCUACCAGUCGGCCCUGCCGUGAUGGCAUGGACCUGGUACGGCAGAUGGAGCGUCCCGGAGAUGUUCAUGAAUUGCGCUCCGAUCGUCGUUCUCGGGCACGAUCAGGAUGCAGACGUGCCGGAGGAGGAUUUGGCAGCCAAGUUUGAACAAGCACCUCUCAUCUUCGAGGCAAACAACGGAAACGGCUGCUUGACGCAAAACAAGGGCAGUUGCGUUAAGUUUCCGGAGCCGGGAGACUCGCUUGUUGUUAACGAGGAGUGCUCCUUGGAUGAGUCUACUAUGUUCACAGGAGAAUGUGGCCCCGGUAUCACUCUGGCCAACAUGCGUACCUGGCCGAGGUGGCCGUCUCCUUUGGAGAUGUUGCUUGGUUCCCUGUUAGUCGUUGCGGCGGUGGCCACCGUUCGUUUUGUGAGGCCGUGGAUCAGCCAAAAGCCCGCUGUCUGGAGUAAAUUAGGGGGAAGGUUUCGACGUCACAGACAUGGCUACGACAAGUGUACACAAGUUUAG